AUGUCUAUAGCAACAUUAUUUAUUACUACCGGAUUUUUCAAUAUAUUAACAAGGGGCAUUAUAUGUAUGUCGUUACAAGAUAAUUUUCAAGAUUUAACUAAAGAAAAAAAGUUAAUCGAUACAUUUGGUCCAUUAUCUAUUGAGAAAAAUUACGAAUUAAUAUUAAAUGAUCCAUUGGAAGCAAUGUUAGUGCCGGAUCAAGAUAUUAUGUUUCAUUUAUUUACUAGAAAAAAUCCUGAUAAUUAUCAUUUAUUAAAAAUAUAUGAUAAUAAUAAUUUAAUUAAAUCAUCUUUUAAUUUUGAAUUAUCGACAAAAAUAAUAAUACACGGUUGGACUGAUAAUUUUAAUGCUAAUUGGAUUAAACAAUUACGUAAUAAUUAUUUAUUAAUUGAUGAUUAUAAUGUUAUUUGUGUUAAUUGGUUUCCUGUUUCUGCAAAAGAAUAUAGAAUAGCUGCUAAAUUAACACGACAGAUUGGUGAUUAUAUUGGUAAAUUUAUCGAUUAUUUGAAGAUAAACGGUAAUAUUUCAUUAAGCAUGAUACAUAUAUUGGGACACAGUUUAGGUGCACAUAUUGCGGGAUUCGCUGGUAAUAAAUUGUCAGGUAAAAUUGGUAGAAUAACUGGAAUGGAUCCGGCACGUCCAUUAUUUGAAGCCCCAAUACUUAAAGAUACGUCUGAUAGAUUGGAUUUCUCUGAUGCUAUUUUCGUUGAUAUUAUUCACACUUGUGCGGGUACUGUCGGUUUUGUUAAACCUAUUGGACAUGUUGAUUUUUAUCCAAAUGGCGGUACUUUUAGACAACCUGGUUGUCCUGUAUUUAUAACACAAUAUUGCAGUCAUGGAAAAUCACAUGAGUAUAUGUCAGAAUCAAUAAUACAUCCUGAAGAAUUUAUUGGUUUAAAAUGUGACAGUUGGAAAAAUUAUAAAUUAAAUAAAUGUUUUGAAAAUAAUAUAACAGCCACAAUGGGUGAACAUAUAAAUAUAGAUACACGUGGCAUAUAUUUUUUGGAAACAAAAUCAGAUUAUUUAUUUAUAAAAUACGAUACUAUACCAAAUUCAUUUUCAAUAAUUUAAUUUUUAUA